AUGGCUUCCUCCACUGCGAUGAUCAGCAGCCUUGUGAUGAGCACCAGCAGUGCUGCUGCUGGCGCCUCACUACACUCGUCUCCUCCAUCCGCCGCCGCCGCCAGAUUCCCGUCGUCUCAAUCCAUGGCGAUGAUGAUCAAGAAGUCGUCGUCCGUCAUGUCAUGCAAACCCGCCUCUGUCAAAGGAGGUGAUGGCUGCCAUCUCGCACUGGGCUUCUCCGGCAAGACUGCAUCUGGUGGUUUGACUGGAGGAGACUUUGGACAGGUCGGCUUCUCGGCCGGACAAGGCUUCUUUGGCAAGACCGGUACUGCUGGUUCGACCGGAGGCGACUUUGGACAGGUCGGAUUUUCAACCGGACAAGGAUUCUUCGCCAAGGCCGGAGCUGUUGGUUCGACCGGAGGCGACUCUGGACAGGUCGGCUUUUCGACCGGACAAGGAUUCUUCGGCAAGACCGACAAUACUGGUCCGACCGGAGGCGACUUUGGACAGGUCGGCUUUUCGACCGGACAAGGCUUCUUCGGCAAGAUCGAAGCUGCUGGCUCGACCGGAGGCGACUCUGGACAGGUCGGCUUUUCGACCGGACAAGGCUUCUUCGGCAAGACCGACAAUGCUGGUCUGACCGGAGGCGACUUUGGACAGAUCGGCUUUUCGACCGGACAAGGAUUCUUCGGCAAGUCUGGAGCUGCUGGUUCGACCGGAGGCGACUCUGGACAGGUCGGCUUUUCGACCGGACAAGGCUUCUUCGGCAAGACCGACACUGCUGGUCCGACCGGAGGCGACUUUGGACAGGUCGGCUUUUCGACCGGACAAGGAUUCUUCGGCAAGACUGACAUUGGUGGUCCGAUUGGAGGCGACUUUGGACAGGUCGGCUUUUCGACCGGACAAGGCUUCUUCGGCAAGACCGACACUACUGCUCCGACCGGAGGCGACUUUGGACAGGUCGGCUUUUCGACCGGACAAGGCUUCUUCGGCAAGAUCGAAGCUGCUGGCUCGACCGGAGGCGACUCUGGACAGGUCGGCUUUUCGACCGGACAAGGCUUCUUCGGCAAGACCGACAAUGCUGGUCUGACCGGAGGCGACUUUGGACAGGUCGGCUUUUCGACCGGACAAGGAUUCUUCGGCAAGUCUGGAGCUGCUGGUUCGACCGGAGGCGACUCUGGACAGGUCGGCUUUUCGACCGGACAAGGCUUCUUCGGCAAGACCGACACUGCUGGUCCGACCGGAGGCGACUUUGGACAGGUCGGCUUUUCGACCGGACAAGGCUUCUUCGGCAAGACCGACACUACUUGUCCGACCGGAGGAGACUUUGGACAGGUCGGCUUUUCGACCGGACAAGGAUUCUUCGGCAAGAUCGAAGCUGCUGGCUCGACCGGAGGCGACUUUGGACAGGUUGGCUUUUCGACCGGACAAGGCUUCUUCGGCAAGACCGACACUACUGGUCCGACCGGAGGCGACUUUGGACAGGUCGGCUUUUCGACCGUACAAGGAUUCUUCGGCAAGGCCGGAGCUGCCGGUUCAACCGGAGGCGACUUUGGACAGGUCGGCUUUUCGACCGGACAAGGCUUCUUCGGCAAGACCGACACUGCUGGUCCGACCGGAGGCGACUUUGGACAGGUCGAUUUUUCGACCGGACAAGGAUUCUUCGGCAAGAGCGAAGCUGCUGGCUCGACGGAGGCGACUUUGGACAGGUCGGCUUUUCGACCGGACAAAGAUUCUUCGGCAAGGCCGAAAAGAUUUGAACAUGGGAUAACGUCCUACCUGGCUUAUCCGUCUACAAACCACGUGUGUGUUCCAUCUCCUUUAUGCUAA